GACAAACAAGUGGGCAGCUGAAGAGACAAGCAAGAUGGAGAACGAAAUAUAUAUUGCUAGGCAAGAAGAUGAUUUGUCGGAGGUGCUUGGAAGUCACUGCACUCAAUAUAUCCAGAUGGCAUUUAUCUGCUCCUGUCUGGCCAUUUUCCUGGGCGGUAUUAUCUUCAUCCUGAUAUACAGGAUAAACCAAUUCAUAUACACCUUCUUCUUUUCAGAGCAUCUAAAGGGAAUGUUUGCUGUAAAGAAUGUCUUUUACAUUCGUUGGAAAGGUUAUUUUCAGGACUGGGUAGUGAUGAUGCUUUCAGGUCAGACCGCUGUGGGGCGUGUGCUGGUAAUACUGGUGUUCCUGUUUAGUAUUGGAUCGCUCAACAUAUAUAUCAUGAACUGUUACAGUGUUAAACAGUUUUGCCUAGCCUUUGAAGACCAGACAGUUGCAAUUGAUCUCAUAUUCAAUUCAUUCUUCCUCUUUUACUUUGGAUUGCGGUUCUUGGCAGCUAGUGAUAAGCUAUCAUUUUGGCUUGAAGUCAAUUCGAUGGUGGACUUCUUCACAAUCACUCCAGUCUGUGUUUCCUUCUAUUUACAGAGAAACUGGCUUGGUUUGCGGUUCUUGAGAGCACUCAGAUUGUUGGAACUUCCCAAAAUAUUACAGUUCCUCCACAUGACCACAAGUGGUACUUCAAUCAAGUUGUCCAAACUGAUAGCUCAGUUUAUCAGCGCCUGGCUCACUGCUGCAGGAUUUGUUCACUGGAUGGAGAAUUCUGGUGAUCCCUGGGUGCAGCAGCAAAAUUACCAUAACUUGACGUACUUUGAAUGCUUAUAUUUGAUUAUGGCGACCAUGUCUACAGUUGGGUAUGGAGAUAUAGUGGUCAGAACAGCCUUAGGACGGGCUUUCAUUCUCAUCUUCAUUAUUGCUGCUUUGCUCCUGUUUGCAAAUGCGAUGACUGAACUGGUAGACAUCCUUCGAAACACCAAACGAUACAGAGGUUUCUAUGAGGGUGUGAAAGGCAGAAAGUAUAUUGUUGUCUGUGGUGAUGUUAAUCUGCUCAGCGUCACUGCUUUCCUCAGGGACUUCCUGUCCCAGGACACAGAAGAGGUUACCACAGAGAUUGUAUUUUUGGGAGAAGAAGCCCCCUGCGUGGAGCUGGAAACUAUAUUCAGAUGCUAUACUGCAUACACCACUUUCUUUGAAGGCUCUGUAAUGAUAUAUGAAGAUCUGCAGAGAAUUAAGAUGGAUCAAGCUGAAGCAUGUCUCAUCUUAGCUGACACGUGUUCUCCCCAGCCUUUCAUUGAGGAUACUUCCAACAUCAUGAGGGUACUGUCCAUCAAGAACCACUGCCCAGGCACCAGAGUAAUUGUGCAGAUCAUCCAGUCUUCUAACAAGGUGUACCUCCCAAAGCUUCCCAACUGGGACUGGAGAAGAGGGGACAGUAUCAUCUGCUUUGCUGAACUCAAGCUUGGAUUAAUAGCACAGAGUUGUGUGGUGCCAGGUCUGACAAAGUUGUUGACCAGUCUCUUCAUCAGAGAGGACUCUCAGAAAGUGAGCAGUCUGCUUAAGCACCAACUGGAAAUAGAAGGCCAGGAUUAUAAAGUGAUGACUCAGUAUCUCUCCAAUGAUUUUGCUAACAUGUCAUUCCAAGAUGUUUGCCGGUUGUGCUUUGUGAAGUUGAAUCUCAUGCUGGUUGCUAUUGAGAUUAGAUCUGGCAUGCAUGCAAACAGCAUCCUGAUCAAUCCAUCUGAAGCAAUCAAAAUCCAUCAUGACACACUGGGAUUUUUCAUUGCCAAAUCUCCAGAAGAAGCCAGAAGGGCUCAUUAUUAUUGUAUACGUUGCCACAGUGACCUCUCUAAUCCAGAGAACAUUGGAAAAUGUCGUUGUAGAAGGAAACGUAUGAGAAAUGCAUACUCAUAUCAAGCUUCUCGUAAUCUUGUUCUACAUCAGAAUUACAUGGAAAAUAUCAAGGAAUCUAAGUGGACUACAGAUCGGGGCCCAGGAAAGUCACGGUCCCUUGGGAUUCUCCCUCUUUCAAAUAUCCCUGACCCUAGCAAACCUCAAAAACCCGUGAAAGAAGGUAGUGACAGCAUGCUAGACGCAACAGGAAUGUUCCACUGGUGUGAUUCUGUUCCUUUCAAAAAAGCCCUUUUGAAGCGCAAGAAGGUUAUCUCUCAGAGUGACCACAUCGUGGCCUGUGUUUUUGGAGAAGCUACCUCUGCAUUGAUUGGAUUGCGCAAUUUUGUGAUGCCCCUACGUGCCAGUAACUUCACCUUCCGUCAGUUGAAGCCUAUCGUAUUUAUUGGAAAUGCAGAGUUUCUCGAGAGGGAAUGGGAAUUCCUCCAGAAUUUCCCCAAAUUAUAUGUACUGGAGGGCACUGCACUUUCCUGUGCAGAUCUGAAGUUAGCUAACAUCAAGAAAUGUUGCAUGUGUGCCAUCCUCUCAGCUCAUGCCAGAGGUCCUGGUGAUCAAGCUUUAGUGGAUACAAAAUCUGUCCUGGCUACUCUGAACAUCCGUUCCUUACAGUUUAAACUAAAUGUAACCACAGCUGCUAAAGGUGGACCCACCACAGAUUUGACAAAUCAAUCAGUGCGUGUUUUUUAUACCAAGAUACCCGUCAUCACUGAGCUGAAAAUAGCGUCAAAUGCACAGUUCUUUCAACAGAGACAUAAUGAUGAAUCUCAUGAAGAACACAGCCGUGCGGAGCAAUUACCCAAAGGGACAGUAUUCUCUGACAGCUUUUUGGAUUCUGUGUUGUGCACAACCUAUCACAACAACCAUGUGUUGGCUUUGUUCCAGACACUGGUUACUGGUGGGACCAGCCCAGAACUAGAAGAAUAUUUGGCAGAAGAGACAGUAUUGACUGGCAGUGCUAGUGAUGUGGUUCAUGUUGGACCUAGGGACAGGUGUAAACUGGCACUUUACCCCGUGACAAAUAAUCCAGUUGCACUCGAAGACAUGGUGCAGCGCUUGAGGCGGCCACGGAGCCUGUUAUUGCCCCGGGGGGCGAAAAAGAAGCGGAGGAAGCUAGUGGUGACGGUGCCGCAGCGUCAGGAUGGGAAACAGGAGCGGCGGCAGAGGACCAGGCUGGAAGAAAAGUUUCACUUUGGGGAUUUGUACUCUAAAGCACUCGACAUGUUCGGAAUUCUAUGUUUUGGUGUCCACCGUCUGAAAGACGAACCCAAUCCAUAUUUAAACAGGCGUGUAAUUGCUCGGCCAAUCAACCAUUUUAGGGUCCGCUCUACCGAUCUCAUCUUUUGUCUUGUUCCAUACAACAGUCCAGCAAAUGACCUGACAGCUGUUGUGAUGUCUCUUACACCAGUCAAACAAAAGCUGAUUCGAGGAUCACCUAUCAUGAUGUAAAAUAGUCAAAAAUCUCUAAAUAAUGAUUAAAAAUCAUGCUGUA